AUAUAUUUGUUGAUCGUAAGCGUAAACAAGAUGAUGAACCAAUCGUUUGCAAUUGCAAGCCAUGUGGUGAGGGUGAAAUUGGUUGCACCGAAGAAUGCUUUAAUAGGAUAAUGUUUUACGAAUGCUCUCCAAAAUAUUGUCCUUGUGGAGAAAAAUGCUCUAAUCAAAGGUUCCAGAGAAAAGAAUCAGUUAAAAAUGUACAAACUAAAAACAGAGGAUUUGGACUUCGCACACUCGUUAAAAUUAAAAAAGAUCAAUUGAUUUUAGAAUAUCGAGGGGAGGUGAUUUCUGAAUGUACGGCCAGAAAGAGAAUGGAGACAAAAUAUUUGCAUAGAAAGAGCGUGUACUUUCUUGAUUAUGACAAAGGUGAAGUUGUUGAUGGUGCCAUGUGUGGAACGUUAGCUAGAUUUAUUAAUCAUAG